AUGAGCCAUGCCAGCCCCACGCAACCUGUUGAGCAACCCGACCACUAUCGCCGAAAGCGCAGACCUGUGAAUUGCGAGCAAUGCCGACGCUCAAAAUUACGAUGCGAUCGCCAAUGUCCGUGUGGAUCUUGCAAAAGUCGUGGUCGUGAGGCCGGCUGCUCGUACGAGGCUCGUCCACCUGUUUCUUUCUCAGGCAAAGCCCACAGGCCAAUCGUCACUGGUUGUAGUUCAGUGGGACGAGGCAACAAAAACCAACGUCCCUCUGCUUCAUCGAGACAAAAUUGCAUUAGUGUCACACCUCCAGAGCCUGGACUGACCAGAUGCGAGCCCAAUCAGACGCCACUCGACACGAAUUGGGAAAUUGCAUUCGAACGACCGCCCCCGGAGGCUGAUGCCCACAACACCUUGUCACCUCUUUCAAUGCUUCCAUGCAUCCCUGUCCAACAAAUCAUUGACUCGCUUCCCUCCAAACCGUGUUGUGACUAUCUCAUCUCUCAUUUCUUCCAAAUAAUCUCGCCUUUGUUUCCUAUUCUCCAUGGUCCAACCUUCCAAAGAAAAUAUACAGAAUUUGUACAACGACCUCAUGAGGCUGAGCUACCUUGGUUAGCUUUACUUCUCGCUGUGUGCUCGCUAGCUCUACAUACCAUGGAUGAGACUGAUCCCAGGCUGGCAGAUAUAUGGAGUAAGCUGCCUUUGAGUUCCACGCAGGGUUCUGCAAUUGCUUCCGAGUCUCGCAUCCUUCUCCGAUAUGCAGUGACGUGUCUCUUGCAGGAUGGGCUUUUCAUCAACCACAAAUUCAGCACAUUUGAGGCUUUGUUGAUGGUGAUUUACAAUCUUUCCCACAAUGAGUCCGUUGACCAGGGAUGGGGCCUCUUGGGGAUAGCGCUUAACAUGGGCAUUGCGUUACGGUGCAAUGUGGAUCAGAAGCUCAAUCCGGUGGAAGAUGAGAGGCGGCGUCGCUGUUGGACUGGUCUUCUCACAUUGCAUACUUACCAGGGCAUCUUGUUUCGGGAUGUCGAUAUGUCAUAUCUUCUUAAUAUCAAGGCCUCCCUACCAACGGAUGUCAAUGAUGCUGAUAUAACGGAAGAAGGCAUUUUGCAGCCGUCCCACCGGGUCCAGCCUACCCAGAUGUCACUUUUUCUCAGCAAAUAUCGACUCUUCCAGCUAUCUUCUCAAAUCUGCGUUCAUAUCUCAAGUCCCUCGCGCUUAGAUCGACAUUGUCUACAGAAGUUUGAUGCGGCGAUAUCUAAGGAACAACAGCAAUGGGACUCCACUUACUUGAUUGAUGGCUCUCUCAGCAUUCUUGAUCCUACAAGCUACGCAUUCUGGUGUGUUUUACAGACAUUCGCCCAUCAUCUCUACCUUCUUUUGCACCGACCGUUUCAUCUCUCCGGACUGGCCGAAUUCCUUCCAUCGUCCAGAGAAACGUGCAUCAGGUCGAGUCGGGCCUUGAUCUCUCUUCACAAACAAAUAUAUGAAUCUCCACUCCUUCGAAGUUAUCGUUGGUUACUGAAUGGAGUGACAAGUUUGAAAGCCCUUCAUGCAGCCGUCGCGCUCAAUUCUUGUCUGCAAGAUAUAUCAUCUUCGCCUGACCAUGGAUAUGAUGUGGAGUGUUUGAGGGGAGAGCUUGAAAGCUUGAGCUUCCGAAUGAAAGAUAUCUCUGGGCGCAGCAAUAUUUGCUCAAGGGCUUAUGGCAUACUCUGUCAUUUGCAGUAA